AUGCAGAAUGCACGCAACCUGUACAAGAACGACGUCGAUUUCGCCGCCCUGGCUUCGCAGUCCCCAGACUUUGCCAAGCAGUAUGUGAACAUUAGACGCGCCGCGGAGAUACCUUUAUUGAAAGUCAAGCACUGUGCGGUAAGUCGGAAAUCCACCCCUUCACAGCAGCCGAGAUACGCAUCUAAUUCCCACGACAGCCAGUUGACCACCAGCCUGCUUCAGCAAGACUUCAAACUCAAGGUCGAGGCGCCGGAUGAUAGACUGUGUCCACCGGUACCCAACAGACUCAAUUAUAUUCUGUGGUUGCAAGACCUGCUCGACUCUACCGGCGGAACGCUGAGAGACGAAUAUGACCGUGAACGCGAAUAUCUACCCACUGCUGGGUUGUACACUCCGGCCACGGUGGCGGUUUAUUGCCACCGCUUCGACUUCACCAUGUGCAACCCGCCCUUCUACUCCUCCCGGGACGAGCUUAUCCACUCUGCCGAACUCAAAGCCCGUCCCCCAUUCUCGGCAUGCACCGGCGCCGAGGUAGAAAUGGUCACUCAUGGAGGCGAGGUAGCCUUCGUAACACGUAUGCUCGAAGAAAGUUUACGAUUGCGUGACCGUGUGCGAUGGUACACCUCAAUGCUGGGCAAACUGAGCAGUGUUUCUGUCAUUGUCGAGAAAUUGAUGAAGCAUAAUAAUCAAAACUACGCCGUCACCGAGUUCGUGCAGGGAAGCAAGACGAAACGUUGGGCUGUGGCAUGGUCUUGGAGUGACCGUCGGCCUUCCAUGGCUGCGGCACGCGGUAUACUGGGGUUGCCAAAACACCUCCUCCCCUUUCCUGCAGAGUACACCUUUACGUUAAACCCCGAAGCAUCAAUUGAUGACACAGGCACCGCUAUAGAUGCGGAGAUGGGCUCACUUCCCUGGUUCUGGACCUGGGAUCGUGCAUUGUGUACCGGUGCUGGAUUCGCAAGUGAGAAUGUCUGGUCUCGACAGGCUCGUCGGAAGAUGAAGCUUGCUGGCCAAGAUGGAGCUGCAGUCAAGCCCACCAGCAUUCCGGACCAAGUGGCACUUGGUGUUCGUGUGCAGGCAAGACUGGUUAUUGGACAGAAACCGGAAAGCAAAGAGGUGCAGGUGCUGAUAUCCUGGAUACAGGGGACGGAUAGUGUGCUUUUUGAGAGCUUUUGUGGAAUGCUUAAGCGGAAGGUGAAUGCGGUGGCUUGA